UCCCUUCUGUGUGACUUUACCCAAAGAACCAAGAAUAUGAAUCCCUGCAGUCACGAAAGCUUUAAAUAAAAAGGGGGAAGGGUUUGUUUUUAAUAUUUACAUCACCAUUCACGCUCUAUCCACUGCUGGAUAAAUGCCUCCUCACAAUAGCACGAUCCCUCACAUUUUAACAAUGCUACAAAUCCUAAAGCGAGGGCUGAUGUCUAAAUAUUUACAUCGUAUAUUCAUCCAGGUUGUACCGCGAUUAACCAAUGAACAGACUGACCUCUGCAAUGAGAAUAUGGAAUGCCCUCCUCUGGCUUAGGCUCACCAAUGGAGAUGUUAAGAACCACAUUCUUUAUAUAUUUCGUACACACAUUAGGAGUGCAUUUUAUGAUAAGGCUGAGAUUAUUAAUGAAUAAAGUAAUACGUGUCAGGGUGAGUCUGAUGUUUAUGUUUAGUGUGCCUGUGGCACAAUGUGUCGUUUUGGAGACAGAGAUGGCUAUGCAGAACACCGUGAAAUGUGCUCCAUGUAAGUAGGGUGAUUCCUGCAGCAUUAUCUUAUCAGCUCCCAGCAGGGACUGCUGAUUAAGAAAAUAGCAAAUACCUCCCGAGUGGAACACAAGAAAGCCAUUGUUAUUGAAAUCAGGUUUUAACCGCUCUUCAGUGGAAUGGUUUAGUCUGCUGCAUAGCAACCAGGAUGUUUAGGUCUGCCACAGUCUGUUUGCAUUAAAUUGCAAAGGAUAACCUUCUACUGUUACUAGCUGUGUUAACGUGUUUUAUUGCAACCGGUGUCCUUUUGUAUAUACAUGCAGUUGUGGUAUUUCCACAACAUUGACUCUUUGAGGAAAGGUUACAAUUAACAGGAACAGUGUCACACAGAAUUGAAGCGUUUUUUUUUUAAAUUCGAUUUAACGAUUGCAAAAAGGACAACUAUGGCGUAUUGCAGAGAGCAAAUGUGUGCAGCUUAGGAAUUAACGUCGGGAUUGGCAGCGGUGAGGGCGCUGCGAUGGGGGCGUAAUGGGCUAAUUGGUGAACGUGCAUCGAGGGUGGGACAGGAGGGCAGGAGGAGGACGCGUUCCCAGUGGCAAAUGCAGACUUUGCCAGAGAUGCAAAAGGGGGAAUCUCUGCGUUGUACAUGAGCAGCGUCGCCAGGUCACCCUGGGAUUGCCUGCGCUCCCGCCUGAGCAAUGGGCCACCCCCUCCCGUUGCCCUGCGUUUGUCACCAGACGAGCCGCGAGUGUUAGUCCCCGGACGACGGCGUGUCGCUCUCCCGUGUCGUGCGGCCGCUUUGUUUGUGAGCUGCUGCCUCCCCUGGAGGUCACACUCUCAGCUGUCACGUGCAGCCAGGGAGGAGCAAAGUCCAGUGGUGUUGUUGAAAAUCCGGCGGGGUUUUUUGCACCUGCUCCUCGUCGUCGCCUGCCCGCUUUUUAAUCCUCGUGUGGACAGAAGGGGAUUUACUUGCAGUGAGAAUUUGCUUGUGGUUUUUUUUUUACCCCUGGAAAUGCAAUUUUAAAGCAUGGAAAUUCUGGACGUUGUGAUAUCGUGGUGUCUAAUGAGGUAAGGUAACUUUAUUUUUUUAACAUUGGUAAAAUAUAUAAUUAGGCAUUGCAAAGCUCGGCUUUGAAAAGCAAUGCGUAGGAAUAUACACGUGCUGUGAUUUUUUUUGUGUUGCGCGGAGGCUGAUGGAGAGAACGAGUGUCGAUACGUCGGUAAAUGUUUGGAUGAAUGCACGCGCUGUGAAAUUCGAGCUAAAUGUGCAACAGCUCUGUUAUUGACCGUGCGUUGUGUUUAUAUUGUAAUGGGUCAAACCGCAAAAUGCAUUUGAUCGUAUCAAAAGCACUUCACUUGAUCGGUACAUUUCCAGGCAGUUACAAUGUGAGACUUGAGUGCAUGGAAAUAUAGUACUGUGCAUUUGUUCUCUCCAUAAUUAUGAAUUGUAAUAGCAAUGCAUUGUCUUCUUUGGUUUCAGAAAGUGGAUGUGCUUUCGGUUCAUAUGAUGACACAACCGCUUUUCUACAUUGACACUUCAUAAAUUAUGGGGAAUUAUACGGAUACACGCUUUGAAAUCGCCGUUUUAGUCAUAAGUUCGUAAAAUAAUUAAAUCUCGUACAGACAACAUGUUUCAUACUGGUUAUAUAAUAUUACCAGAUACAAACUGGGAUUCCGAUUUAAACCUUUCAUGACUGCAGGGAUUAAUAUUCUUGUUUAUUUCGGUAAAGUCAUGUAGAAGGGAAAUAAUCAAAUAAUAUGUUUUAUUAUCAUUAUUUGUAUUAUUUCCCUUCUACGUGACUUUACUGAAAGAACCAUGAAUACAAACUGGGAUAUUUCAUGCAUCCGAUACGUAUUUUUUAACAGAAAAGUUGACUCAACGUUAACCUUCCGUAUAUUUAACAGUUAAUUGCUCAACUUGAAAGCUUUUACGCUUGCAUUUUUUUAAAUAAGUAGAUUCAAUCCUCGACAAUAAAAACAAUAUAUAUUUUGGCGGGAACAUUUUAUUUCAACAAUGUGUCCCAUGGAUUAUUUCUUGGAUUUAAUUGAAUUAAGUUGAAACGCGAUCUCUUGCAUUUUUUACCGUUACCAUUUUUUCCAAGGGACCUCGAGGUAAAAGGGGUGAUUGCUAUUCUUAUUUGAGUUUGUAUUUCUGAAAUGCAAGUCCCUGCCUCUCUUUCAGUUCCGUGUAUGUUACAGCAUAUGACAAAAUUAUCACGCGAGGUAACAUAUCGUUUAACGGUAGCAUUAUAAAUGUCGAGCAAAGCCCUCGUUCAUAGAAAACUAGUUGCAUUUUCUUCAUUAGCAUUAGUUUUAAUUUUCAAUUAGUUAAAUUCUGAAAAUUAAAUAGAAUACGUUUUGAUGCCUCAUUCAAAUUUAUAUUUAUGCAAAAUAGCUAUAAUUCUGCAUGGGCUAAAAAAAAAAAUUAUUGACAUUCUGCAAAGGUAUAAUUGCAUUGUAAUUAUACCUGUGUAAUUGAGCCUCAUUAUCCUUUCUUUAUUACAGUUAAUGGUAGAUAUUUUUACGACAAAAAAUAAUACGUGACAGCCCUGUAAUUUGAAGUGAUUAUGGUGUCAUGUGGUGUUUGACUUAUCCUGAUCUUUUUACCUCUAUGCCAGCACGGUGUGCAUCAUUGUCCGAAGCUGAGAUUGCAGUCGCACCUGAAUGUGAUGCCGUGUCAUUUGGCCACGUUUUUCGUACGACUUGAAUUUACAACUGGAACCUUUUUUUCGCAAGAAACUCCUCCAUGUUCAACUUUUUUCUGGCAAAUAAAUAUUUGAAAAGGUUCCUGCACCACUUGUUCGUGACCAUGUUCUCAAAGAGGCGCCUGAAAGGUGCCAAAACAGAGCCAGAAUCUACCUGUGAAGAAGACGUCAAGGAAGAUUGUACUUCUAAGCCUACCCAAAAGCAGAAGCUUAAAACGGGCAUUAAACGCACCGCCAAGAGGAUUGUGAAGCUGCCUAAUCUCCGCAAAGUCCAAAACGAACAGGACAGCAAAACGACUUUCCAGAUGUCGCCAACGUGUAGCUACAGAGUGGCCAUGGCCAAAGGCCUCCCUAAGCACAUUGCGUUGAAGUGCAAGUACGGGAAGGCCCUUGAUGAGGCCUUGUCUCCUGACAGUGAAAGUGAAUGUGUCUCCGAAACCUUACGGGAGGUCGCGUGUUGUUUGAAGCAAAUUGCCUCUCAGCAGAAGGACAAGGAUGCGAAGCACCGACCGGCCAGCACGAGCGGAGGUCUGCCUUCCUUCCCCCAGUUUGAGCGCUGGAAAAAGCUGAGCCACGAAGCGUUGCUGGUGCAGCGCGACGCCGAGGGCUGGGAGGAAGAGCACAGCCCGCGGAGCGUGUCGCUGGACAGGGCGGCUCGCUGCUACAACAGAAGCACUAGCCUGGUUGGGCCUGACGGAUUGAUGGAGCAAAUCCUGCGGGAGCUGCAGGGCAUAAGUCGCAUUGAGCUUGAGAUCACCGAGCUACGGCAGCACGUGAAUGCCCUCAAGCACUCGGUGGAUGAGAUUUCGGGCAGCAUGGAGGCGGUGCACUCAGAAAUAGAGCAUAUCCGCACCGGAUUCACGCCCGUGAGCCCAGUUAGCCAGCAGGCGGACGCGGCCAGCCUGCGUCUCACGCACGUCGCGGAGAUGGCAGGAGAAGACACCGAGGGCCUGGUGCGGAGUCUUUUUGCGGAAAAGCUGGGGAUGCGUGAUGACCAGCAAAACUUCCACAUUCAGUUCGCCUGCAGAAUAGGUCAGGAACGAAGCUGUUCAGAAGCCAAACCGAGGCCCAUCUUAGUCAGAUUUGGUAGUUGGCAGGAGCGGGAUAUUGUGCUGAAAAAAUGUCAUCGGCUGAAAAGUUCUGGAAUCAAAGCAUUUGCCGACGGUGUUCCUUACAAACAUGGAGUUGCAGCAGAAGACUUGAAGCGUAGGUUGUACUUUGAAGGCGUCAAGGGUGAGAAGGAGGGCUGGGAGUCGGGGGAAUCGAGUGGGAGUGAGAUGUGUGGGACAUUCAGCGAUACAAGCUACUCCGCUCGUAGCUCGCUGUCCGUGUUUGGCAGAGGCCGGACUGAGCAUCAAGCAGAGGGCGCUGGAACUUAUUCUGACUACUUAGCCGAGCGCAGGUCGGUUGAUAAUGACAGGACCUUGUUAUUUACUGAAAAAGCACCGCUCAGCUCAUCGUACAGACACACAGCUCAGAGUGUUUGGUCACCUACGUCUGAAACGCAAGACGGCCAAAGCAAAAAUGCAGAAUCUCCAGUGUGGACCUUAAGAAAGGACAUCACAGCUGGUAAUUUACAAAAUAGAAGACCUUACUCGAUGGUGUGUAAAUCUGCUUCCACUACUCUGGAUUCCGAAGUCCCCAACACCAGUCGCACCAGCGGCCAAUCAUUCCGGCAUUCACAUGACUGCACCGACUCCCUAAAGCGGAAGGAGAAACCUGGCAAAGCUUCAAGGUACUGCACGAUGACAAAAAAUGAUCGCGCCUGGAAAUCGGGAAUUAUUUUUACAGAUUAUGAAACGGCAAACAUUCGUACAUCCAGCAAAGAAAAUCGGAGAACACGGAUUUACCAGAGUAGCUCCCCGGGAGUUUCCCCUGGCAGGAAGCCAGCGGGCAAAGGAGUGGAACAAAGAGCAACGCGUGAGGAGACGCCUGCCACUUGGCAAAGUGAUGAGGGUGAGCUCGUUGAGCAGAGGGAAGACGAGUUCACGGAAUUUAGGGCUGAUGAAUGUCUCGAACAGAGGGACCAUAAACUUGUGAAAAUGAAGGAUGAUGGGCCCGUAGAAGAAGAGAGUGAUGAUAAUGAUAAAGUAGAGAAGAGGGCUGGUGCAUGUGUGGGAUGUAGGGAUGCAGCAUCUGUGGAAGAAUAUGAUGAACGUGUAGAGGAGGAGGAUAUAUUUGCGGAACAGGAUAAUGAUGGCUGUGAGGAACAGACUGCUGAGCUUGUAACAAAAGAGGAUUUUGAGUUUGUGGAGCAAGAUAACAAUCCACACGUUGAUCGAGGAGAUAAUAAACUUGUAGCACAAGAGGAGUAUGAAAGUGUGGAACGGCAAGAUGAUGGAUGUGCGGAGCACAUGGAUGGAAUUGCGGAAGAAAAUAAUUCUGAACAAUUGGGACAGAGGGAUGGUGUAUGUGUGGAUCGAAGCAAACAUUUCCUUUUUCAGCAGAGCGACAAUAUACGUAUGGGACAGGGAACCGAUGAACUUGUGCAACAGGGGCAUCAUGAAAAUUCAGAAGACAACAUUUAUAAACGAGUGGAGCAGAGAUAUUCUGAACAUGACACUCAUAGUGUUGCAGAUCUCCCAGAGCAGGCUGAUGAUGAAGUCAUGGGUCAUAGCGUUGAUAAAAUUAGGAGACAUGGGAAUGCUGAUGUCAUCGAGCACAAGGCUGACGACCUGUUCAAAUGUGAGGUUAAAGAGUGUGCAAUGUAUGGCAUUGAUGAAUAUACGCAGCACAAGGUUACAGAAUGUGACAUGGCGCAAAGUGGCACUCAGAAUGAUGAAAUAAUGCCGCGUUGCUCACAAGAUGUAACUGGCUCUACGGCUGUCCAAUUGCCUGUGGUUGAUGUGGCUUCACGUGACCCCACAGCUACUGGCGUGACCUCUAAUGGAGGCUCGGGGAUGAACACCACAGUAGUACGUGAAUUUCAAGAAAAACCCCCAAACUUUUCCCCUUUAGUAAAUAAAACAGAGCAGUACGACACGAUUGAACAAGACAAUUCACCAAAAGAAAGGAAGACCAUGUCUAUAGAGAGAUGCUUCAGCUUACAGAAACUAAGGAUGUCAAUUAAACGGGCUUCUUUCAGGUCAAAUUCAAUGACGUUGCAUAGAAGAGAAAGAGAGAAUGACCAAUCUCCAAGCAGCAAAGUCUGUUUCAGUCCAGUUGCGAGUUGUGGGAUUAUUACGAGCGAUAAAGUUACUGCUGACACAUUGCAUAAAUCCAGGGAAGAAACCAAACUACAAAUUCACAAACGAAAUUCAGUCGAAGAUGCAAGCAAGAUGCGAGAGAAAUGUGGCAUGUUAAGUCCGGAAUUGAAAUCUCCGCAAUUUUUGCUCGAAUGUAAAACUGAACUGUUAAAUCAAUGUGGGACAUCAAAGGAUGAGAACUCAGGAGAGACAUCUGCUGUGAUCUCUCCUGCAGAGGCAUCGGGGGUAGUUAGUCCUUGUGAAACAACUGCGACCAUUAAUUCAUCAGAGAUGAAUGAGACAUUUAGUCCAUUGAAGACGCUGGAAACAUUUUGUCCAGGUGAAUCAUCUGAGAAAAUACAUUUAUUGGAGACAUCGGAGAAGGCUAGUGCAGGAGAAACAUCGGGGAGGUUUAGCCAAGAAAUUAGAUCUGAUUCAUUUAGUCAAGGGGAGACAUCGGAUGACUUUACGAGGAAAGACAUUUCUGGGAUUGUUAGUGCAGAAAAUGCUUCUGAUAUGCUAAGCCCGGAAGAAACAUCUGGUAUGUUUAGCCAUGAAUUGACAUCAGAUGGGUGUAGUCUUGACAAGAUAUCCGAAAAAGCUAAUUUGCAAGAAUUAUGUGGGAAUUUUAACCUUCAAGAAGCUCCAGUGAAGACAUCCGUGGACAUUUGCAGCAUUCACACCGCAGAAAAGCCACACAUUUAUUUAAGCCCAACCACGGAAAUAGAGGACACUUUGAUAACGUCAUCUUUACCGAGCCAAACCUGCCUCGGCGGCGGUGGUAGUGGCAAACACGAUGCAGGUUCAGCAACUUCCACACACUUGGCUCAUGUCGAUAAAAAUACGUUGACCAGUCGUGCACUGCAGACUCCCGGCGACUCGGUGCUUGAUGAAGGGCACGAGAAUAAGGUCAACAACAUUGCACCUGUAGCUGAAUCAAAGAUGGCCACUCCUUCUGCUCGGUAUUCUCAUUCCUCAGAAGGAAUAUUUGUCCAUACAUGCCUGGAGAGUUUUAAAAAGGUCUUGGAGGAGAGAAAACAACGAACCACCUUCCAAAACGCAGUCUGGAGAACGCAGCAGAAAAUGAAGGUAGCUCAGCUAGACAUUUCCACGUCAGGAGAAGGUCCAGAGUGUGCUGCACUGGAUCAUCAGGCCCGUAUGGCUGAUGGAAGUGGAGACCUUCAGAAGCCUGGCUGGUUCAAGGGAACAGCAGGGAGAGCGGCUGUUAAGUUCUUGGAUAGCAUUGACAGUAUGCCUGACAUUAAGCCCCGACGUAAAUCCCUUCCUCUGGUCAGCGACCUGGCAAUGUCCAUUGCAGCCAUGCAGAGGAAAGCAGGCCUGGCCUCGGCGUUGGCCUACAGGGCCUCUCUCAACGAUGAGGACUUGAAGGCGCAUGUCUACAAAAAGGCAUUGCAAGCCCUCAUCUAUCCCAUCUCCUGCACCACACCGCACAACUUCGAAGUGUGGACGGCCACCACCCCCACCUACUGCUACGAGUGCGAAGGCCUGCUGUGGGGCAUCGCACGCCAGGGCAUGAAGUGCAAAGAAUGUGGGGUCAAAUGCCACGAAAAGUGCCAGGAUCUCCUCAAUGCAGACUGCUUGCAACGCGCCGCCGAAAAGAGCUCGAAGCACGGGGCAGAGGACCGCACGCAAAACAUCAUCAUGGCCAUGAAGGACCGCAUGAAGAUCCGCGAGAGGAACAAACCUGAGAUCUUUGAGCUGAUCCGAGAGGUGUUUUCAGUGGCCAAGCAGGCCCACGCCCAGCACACCAAGUCCGUCAAGCAGAGCGUGCUGGACGGCACUUCCAAGUGGUCUGCAAAGCUCACAAUCACUGUCGUGAGUGCACAGGGUUUACAAGCCAAAGACAAGACGGGUUCCAGCGAUCCCUACGUCACGGUGCAAGUUGGAAAAACGAAAAAACGGACGAAAACCAUCUAUGGCAACUUGAACCCAGUGUGGGAUGAGAAAUUUCAUUUCGAGUGCCACAACUCGUCGGACCGAAUCAAGGUCCGCGUGUGGGACGAGGACGACGACAUCAAGUCGCGCGUCAAGCAGCGGCUCAAGCGGGAGUCGGAUGACUUCCUGGGUCAGACGAUCAUCGAGGUCCGCACGCUGAGCGGCGAGAUGGAUGUCUGGUACAACCUCGAGCCAGCAUCAGACUUUCCACAGAAAGCGAAGAGACGAGGAAGCCUGAGGCUAUUCAUAGAGAAACGCACGGACAAGUCGGCGGUUUCGGGCGCCAUCCGCCUGCGCAUCAGCGUGGAGAUCAAAGGAGAGGAGAAGGUGGCGCCGUACCACGUGCAGUAUACCUGCCUGCACGAGAAUCUCUUCCACUACCUGACCGACAUACAAAACAACGGUGUGGUGAGGAUUCCCGACGCCAAGGGCGACGAGGCGUGGAAGGUUUACUUUGACGAGACCGCGCAGGAGAUCGUGGAUGAGUUUGCCAUGCGCUACGGCAUUGAGUCCAUCUACCAGGCGAUGACGCAUUUCUCCUGCCUGUCGUCUAAAUACAUGUGCCCGGGAGUCCCUGCGGUGAUGAGUACCCUGCUGGCCAACAUCAACGCCUACUACGCGCACACCACAGCAUCCACAAAUGUUUCGGCCUCCGACCGCUUUGCUGCGUCAAACUUUGGUAAAGAAAGGUUUGUCCGGCUUUUGGACCAGCUGCACAACUCGCUCCGGAUCGACCUGUCCAUGUACCGGAACAACUUCCCUGCCAGUAACCCUGAAAGACUGCAGGACCUGAAGUCAACAGUGGACCUCUUGACCAGUAUUACAUUCUUCAGGAUGAAGGUACAGGAGCUGCAGAGCCCCCCACGUGCCAGCAUGGUUGUCAAAGACUGCGUCAAGGCCUGCCUCAACUCCACCUACGAGUACAUCUUCGCAAAUUGCCAUGAGCUUUAUAGCCGGGAAUACCAACCCGCUGAUCCGAGUAAGAAGCAGGACAUUCCUGCCGAUGAACAAGGGCCAAGCAUCAAAAACCUGGACUUCUGGCCCAAGCUCAUCACCCUCAUCGUGUCGAUCAUCGAAGAGGACAAGAACUCCUACACGCCUGUCCUUAACCAGUUCCCUCAAGAGCUCAAUGUGGGCAAGAUCAGUGCAGAGGUUAUGUGGAUAGCCUUUGCUCAGGACAUGAAGUAUGCCCUUGAAGAGCACAGCAAGAACGGGCAGUGCAAGAGUGCCGACUACAUGAACCUGCACUUCAAAGUGAAAUGGCUCUACAACGAGUAUGUGCGGGACCUGCCGGCCAUCAAGGGAGAGGUGCCCGAAUACCCAGUGUGGUUCGAGCCGUUUGUGCUGCAGUGGCUGAACGAGAACGAGGACGUGUCCCUGGAGUUCCUGCACGGCGCCCUGGAGCGUGACAAGAAGGACGGCUUCCAGCAGACAUCAGAGCAUGCCCUCUUCUCGUGUUCGGUGGUAGAUGUGUUCACGCAGCUCAACCAGAGCUUUGAGAUCAUCAAGAAGCUGGAAUGCCCUGACCCUAAGAUCGUGGGGCACUACAUGCGCCGCUUUGCAAGGACUAUCGGGAAGGUGCUGCUACAGUAUGCUGAUAUAAUAUCCAAGGAUUUUCAGUCCUACUGCUCCAAAGAAAAAGUGCCAUGCAUCCUGAUGAACAACAUCCAGCAGCUGAGAGUGCAGCUGGAGAAGAUGUUUGAAGCCAUGGGUGGCAAGGAGGAGGUGAAAUCCGUGCUGUAUGGAAUUGAUAAGUUGGACUCAGAAGCCAGCGACAACCUGAAGGAGCUGCAGGUGAAGCUCAACAAUGUCCUGGAUGAGCUGAGCCGCGUGUUUGGCAUCAGCUUCAUGCCGCAUAUAGAGGUGAGUGUCAAGGCAAUGGGAGAGUUGCUGAGCCAGGUGAAGGGACCCGGGAACAUGCUGUCGAGUGCUCGCAACACGGCUGCUCAGGAUGCCGACAUCAUGCUGCGGCCCCUCAUGGACCUGCUGGAUGGAAACCUGACCCUGUUUGCCAAGGUGUGCGAGAAAACGGUGCUCAAACGUGUGCUGAAGGAGCUGUGGAAGAUCGUGAUGAACACCAUGGAGAAGCUCAUCGUGCUGCCCCCUCUCACCGACCAGACGGUGAGUGGAACACAACUUAUUUUCAAUGCAGCAAAAGAACUUGGGCAGUUUUCAAAACUCAAGGAGCACAUGGUGAGCACCGAGACGAAGAGCCUCACGCCCAAGCAGUGCGCGGUAAUGGACGUCGCGCUCGAUACAAUCAAGCAAUAUUUCUACGCUGGUGGGAAUGGCCUAAAGAAGGCUUUCCUUGAGAAGAGCCCUGAUUUGGCGUCGCUCCACUACGCCUUGUCGCUGUACACGCAGACCACCGACACUCUCAUCAAGACCUUCAUACAGUCGCAGAUGUCGCAAGGGGCUGGUGUCGAUGACCCGGUUGGGGAGAUUUCCAUCCAGGUUGACCUCUUCACUCACCCUGGCACAGGCGAGCACAAGGUCACUGUGAAAGUGGUCGCAGCCAACGACCUCAAGUGGCAAACCACGGGGAUGUUCCGCCCCUUCGUGGAGAUCAACAUUAUUGGGCCACACCUCAGCGACAAGAAGCGGAGAUUCGCCACCAAAUCCAAGAGCAAUAGCUGGGCUCCCAAGUACAAUGAGACAUUCCACUUUAUUCUGGGCAAUGAGGAUGGGCCCGACUCGUACGAGCUGCACAUGUGCGUGAAGGACUACUGCUUCGCUCGGGAAGACCGCGUGCUGGGCAUGUCGGUGCUGCAGCUGCGUGAAAUCCAGGAGAAGGGCAGCUGUGCUUGCUGGUGCCCACUAGGUCGCAGCCUCAACAUGGACGAGACAGGCCUUACUAUCCUGCGUAUUCUUUCACAGCGCACCAACGACGAAGUGGCUCGCGAAUUCGUCAAGCUCAAGUCAGAGUCACGCUCUAACGAGGAGCCCCAGUGAAACCAACUGCUCUCCGUUUGAGUCCUAGAACUGCCUGAACAGACCACCAGAGUAAUCGUGUCUCUAUUUUACAAGUUUCUCAGUCUAAUAACAAUUGCCUUGGUCACUCCACUGAAGGGGAGAUGUGGCAAGGUGAUCUUGCACUUAAUAGCGAGGAAAAACGUGACACUUUGUAAAUUUUAACGUCGGUUGAAAUUUUUACGUCGGUUUGAUUUGUGUGUCCCGUUGAUGAUCGACACGUGGCAAAGAUGCCAAGCCGAAACUAUGAAGUCACGGCAACAAAAACAAAAAGAGAACAGCGCAGUAUAUUCUCAAUCAAAAUUUAUUCCUAAGUAAGAAAGUGCCAUGGUUCUAUCCCGUUGUCUCUCAGGUGCACGUGUGUGAGUGAAGCUGUACACAGCCCUGACAAAUCCGGUGACAGACGCUACAGUGGCUUGGAGAAAAGGCACAAAUAGCAAGGCCGGUUGUGCCCAGGAGAACUGAGGUCCACCACAUCAGUCAGAGUGUGGGGGUCUAAACGAUAAUGUAGUGUCUUUGAACAACGGGAAUUCAUACCAAAAUAAAGUAUUUUACAUUAGCUUGAACAUUUCAUCAGGCAUCCAGCAUAUCCUCCUAAAAUGUUUUUUUGCACGCGCAAAACUUUUAUUCAGAUUGCUGUGAAGCACAGUUUUAUUUUUGUAGAUGAUCUGAAAGUAGCACAGUAUUAGGAUGUUACAAUGACACUGCAUUUUACGUUCCUCACCUCUUUCUCUCUUUUGUUUUUAACAAGUCGAGGGUCCCUUCCUGUCCUUGAGGGAACCCUCACAGCGUGGUCAGACUGUGCCGGGCCAAUCAGCGUCCUAUGACUGUCUUUCCAGGACACACUUGAAGAGUGACUGCAGUAAUUUUUACGUCGUUUCCCCGUGCGGAGGUUUACAUGCAGGUUGACCCCCAUACCCCCCCUCUUGACAUCACGUUGUCGCCUCCCUCCCCCCAGGUGUUUGGUGUGGCACAUGCCGUUGUUGUGUGUGGCAUUUUUUCCAUUUGCAAAAUGGCUUGGCGUGGAACAAACACCUUUGUGCUUAAGUGACCGUGACGGAGGGUUUGUCAAGUCGUACUGAGGCCACUUUGCAAUAGCUCCUCAAGAGGACUUAAACAAGGUAAUGCUCUUAACCUGGGUGCAUAAAAACACCGGACCAAAUGUCGGUUGAAAGUCUUUCCUUUUGAGGUGAUGGAUUCUGUGAAAAACAGCCAAAAUAGAAUGUAUGUUGUGAACUUGUACAAUGCUUUUUUUUUACGUGUUGCAGAGGCCAAUGCAGGUUUAAAAUCGAAUCAUGUGUGCAUUCCUUGUGUGCUGCAGUGUAUGGAAGCCACAGUGUGUGCAUGUGUUUUAUCUCAGCCAUUCAGUCAUAGAUUAUACUUUAAAAAAACUCUACGUGACCAAUUUAACAGAUAAUGUAUAUAUCUAACAAACAUACAAUGUUUUGGAUAAUCCAGCUGAAAAUGUCAAUAUUUUCAAACAUGACCUUGAUCGUUUUAUGUUGUUACGAUUCACUAUUGAGUAAAAUGAAGAGAUAAACUGCAACGAUACGUUGAAACUCACCAAGGGUUUUCUUGGUGGUGUUGCUAAGCUAGGAUCACAGUCCACACCAGACGCAGCUAACGGAUUGGUGACGGAUAUAGCGGAAGUAGCUCGGUCUGGAAGUGUAUAUCAGUACUGUUUUGUAACUCAUGACAAAAUAUGAGCGUAUGUAAAUUAGACAUCAAAAACACGUGAUACACAACAUGAUUAAAACCAUUCAACAAUUAGAUUCAUUUUCAUUGGUUUAAAAAGUCGUCAUUCCUAAGGCAUAUGAAGUAAUCUACAAUUUGCUUCAUGAUAAUAUGGCGAUCAGCGUUUUAAAAAUUACAUUUAUCCUCACCUCCGAUAUUCAAAUCAGGGUACAUUUUAAACCUGUUUGUGGAAUCACGUGUGUUAUCAAACUAUAAGCAAGUUCUAGCUUUGUUAUGCACAGGUAAACCCCUAGAUGAUUUCCCAUAAUCUCCAAAUCGUGUAUUUGUAUCUCCUACUGCUGUGCAGCAUGGCUAUUUACAUUUAUCACUGCAUCAUGAUGCCUCUCAUCUUUAAGUUGCAUUGCUAUUUCAGUUGCUAUCACCUGGUGUAGCAACUAAUUCAGAAGAAGUUUAAUAUUUUUCGCACUUUCCAACUCAAUGGAGCAGUGGCUCGAUUUUGGUUGUAAUUACGCUGGUUUUGAUUUUAGCACUUAUUAUUUUAUUUUUUUUAUGUUUUUUUGUGCACAUUGUGUACACAUUUAAUGUAACACUAAGUUCGACUGAGAUGCGAUAUACAAACCACUCUGUGUUUUUGAGCGACUCCAUCAGCUAUAUAUUUUAUUCUUUCUCUAAAAAUCGUACAUUUUCACGACCAUUUUUCAAUUGUCAUUCCUGGAUGUUGCCCUCAUUUUCACAUUCCAGAUGUGUUCUUUUGAAGAAUUGAUAUCUGUUUUCAAAUGAAUACGAAAUUCACGAGCAUUUUCUUUUCGCCAGGGAGCACACUGCAUGGAACAUGUUGCAUAUCCACAAUCUGACUCCCUUGGUCUCAUCUGUAUACAUUGCCUGCUUUGUGAAUUUGCAUAAACCUAACUGCUUCUAAAAUACCCUACGUUCCACAUUCUAUUAUACUUGCAAAAAACCCCAUACUUUUAUAAGUUUUUGCAUGUUGAACUUCUUUCGUAUCAUACGUCAGAAGUCCCCGCCAGGUUUAGGAAAUGUUUACAGAUGGAACGUAAAUUAAAUAUCAAAUACGGUCAUUGUGAUUAUUGCUAAUGACAACAACGCUGAUCUUAUCCUUUUUAUUGAAAUUCACUCUUAGAAAUGCCAUUACCAGAUGUAGUUUUAUUCACUUAAUAUGCACCAAAAUCAGAGUACAAGGCAGAUUGUUCAUGAGUCUGUUGGCAUGGAUUUAGUUUAGCUCGUGCACUCUUUCCUUAAUGUGUACACCAACUGAAGGAAACAUUAAACCAGAUGAUAGCCUCUUUCAAGUAGGUGCCAUGAAUUAGAAAGUGUGUGUUAUGGUCAAAAUGUUAACAUUGCCUACAGUGAAAUUACUAAAAUAAACGUAACCUAUAUAAGCAACUAAAAUUGCCCAGGGUUUAGAAAAUUGACAAUGGCCUCCCAGGUUAAAGAGUAAUUUAUAAACACUUCUUUCGAUUAUCCAUGAAUAAAGUAUACAAAGUAAAUAUAUUUCAUUUCUGUACACCUAUAUUUGUAUCGUUUCUACAAUAUAUAUAUUUUUUAUUUUAGAUCAUCAUUAGCCAUUGUCGAUCU